AUGCGCCACAGAAAAGCCACCGGACUUCGGCUCUUGGAAACUCCUGCCGUGCCGCUCGAGUCCCUCCCGCCUCCCUUCUCCGUCGCCUCUGCCGGAGCGCUACAGUGGAGAAAACUCCUUUCACAUGCUCUUCCGACGAGUGCCCGACUGACUGCAGGAAAAGAAGAGCGUGUCCUCGGGCAAGACGCAUUCUAUGCGCCCAAGAGCCUCAUUCACGCCCCAUUCCUGCGGUUCGCCGCACUGCGGCCCACGCUGCUCCUGAAGCUCCAGCACCGACUCCGCGCAUGCUCUGGAGUCCACAGCGCCGUCUGCCCGUGGCGUGACUGGAUCAUUGAGAACCGUCCCUGUCGAAUCGACGAUGGCCAAACUUCUCCCAAGGGUGCCAGAGAGGUCGUCAGUGAUGCACCGCAAGAAUUCCCCGAGCACUCCGCGUACGUGCGAUUGAGAUGUAACACGGUGAAGCGCAACGGAGCGUGCUUGGCGAGCGCAAGGGCGGCAUGCCGGCUAGGCGCCAGAGCUCCCUCCAAUAUGGCAAGAAAAGGUACGAGGAGGCGCGCACCAGGGCCACAGUGA